AUGAUAAAAAUUGGAACAGAGGAGCUGUGUACAGGCUACUCCUGGAAGGGGAAUAUGGCCUUUAACGAGCUAUCAAUCUAUGAUGCUGUCACAACUAUAUUGUCCAUUGUGGGGAACCUGCUGGUGCUCAUCAUGGCAUUUAAGCACUCAUCUCACAUGAAGCCCCCGGAGCUGCUGAGUGUCAACCUGGCAGUGACAGACCUGGGAGCUGCUGUCGCCAUGUACCCUCUGGCUGUGGCCUCGGCCUGGAACCACCACUGGCUGGGAGGAGACACCACAUGCAUCUACUACGGCCUGGUAGGCUUCUUCUUUGGCACGGCCAGCAUAAUGACCAUGACCGUGAUGGCUGUGGUGCGUUUCGUCGUCUCCCUCAGCCUCCAGUCUCCCAAGGAGAAGAUCAGCCGGAGGAACGUGAAGCUCCUGUGUUUGUGGACGUGGCUCUAUGCCCUGCUGUGGGCCUGCUUCCCUCUCCUGGGCUGGGGCCGGUACGGUCCAGAGCCCUUCGGCCUUUCCUGUACCCUGGCCUGGGGAGAGAUGAAGGAACAAGGCUUCUCCUUCGUCAUCUCAGUCUUCUCCUUCAACUUGCUGGGGCCCUCCUUCAUCAUCCUCUGUUGCUACUUUGGCAUUGCCUUGAAGCUGUACAUUACCUACAAGUCCCUCGACAACAGCAAAAAUAUCCCAAACAUCAUCAAGAUGCACCGCCGCCUUCUCAUAAUAGCAGUCCUGAUCAGCCUGGGCUUCAUCUUAUCAUGGGCUCCAUACGGUUUGGUGAGCCUGGUGUCUGUCGUCAGGGGCAGUGAGUUCAUCCGGCCAGAGGUGACCAUGCUGCCCUGCCUGUUUGCUAAGUCCUCCACUCUUUACAACCCCCUGAUCUACUAUAUCUUCAGCAAGACCUUUAAGCAGGAGGUGAAGCAGCUGUGUGGUAGAUCCAACGCAUGCCACGCUUCCAGAGCCAGGAACAACAUCACGGACAACGCCAUCUACCUGGUGUGUGACGGCAGCCGGACGGAGAAUGAGGAGAAGGUGGUGGCCACGGUGGCUGGGAGGACCACUGAGGAUAAGUUGUCCUCUGGGAAGAGCUGGAAGAUGGAGACCAGGUUAAACUCAUUCGACAGCCAAUAG